AUGGAUGAACUAAAUAAUCGUCAAACUCCAAAAUUACGGUUUAGACCAUAAUAACCUUAAUUAAAAACUCUAGAAGUAAAUUUUAUAGUUUAAUAUAGAGUGAUCAAAAAUAAACAUAAAUUGCUAGAUUGCCUUCAGGUACAAAAAAUACAAUGACAUUACCUCGUUUGGAUAGCAGAGUUGGCAUUCAAACAGGAUUGAAGGAUGUGGAUAAGGAGAUGAAUUAGUUGGAAUUGAAUAGUAAGGUCAGAGAUUUGGAAAUAAUGAUGAUAGAUUUCAAAGCCAAUAUUGAAAGGAGAAUUUAAAAAACUAUAGAAGAUAAUCCAUAAAAGUUUAUGCAAUCAAUUAAAUAAUUAGAAUCUUAGGAAAUGUAAUUGUGGAGGUAAGUGAAUGAUAAACAGAUCAUUUUUCAAGAUGCAAUGAGUCAGUUACGUAAUUAAGGAGAAAAGAAUAGAGAUACUCUUUCAUAAAUGAUAUUUGAAUUACAAAAGAGAUGUAAUGAUCAAGAACUAAAAUUAAGUUCUUUGAUUAAUUAAUAAGAAGGAAUUGAAAUGAAAUUAAAUGUAUCAAAGCCAACAUCAAUAUAACCAGUAUCUGACAAUCUUGAAGUUAAAUUAUUGAGAGAAGCAUUUAAUAAUGAGAAAACUCAUAGAGAUGCAAUAAUAGAAGAUCUAUAAAGAUAAUAAUAAGAAGUACAUUAUAGAUUGGUAAAAUAAGAAUCUGAUUUCUAUAAUAAAUUGAAAUAAUAAAGAGAGGAAUUCUUAGAAUAAAAUGAUAAAACAAAGAUUAGUAUUAAAGCAUUAGAUAAUAUGAAAUUGGCUAAAAUAAAUUAAGAUUAAGAUUACAUAAAGAAUUUAAUUGGAAGUGUAGAAACUAGAAUUGCUGAUGAAGUUGAAAGACGUUUAAAGAAUGAAUUUGAUUAGAGGAAUUAAUUGGAGAAUAAGAUGUAAGCAUUUAAAGAGGAAAUAAGAAAUGAUGAAAAAUAGAUUCUAUUAGGAGAAUAGAAAUUUNUAUAGUUCUGUUAACACAAUUCAUAAUACAAAUUAAAUUAAAAAGUCUUAUUUAAAAUUAUCAAUUUCAAUUUAGUUUGA